AUGGAAAGACAAGAAAAAUGUGUCAUUUGUGAGUCUGGGGAUCAAACUGGGCUUGUUUGUCUUUUUGGGAAGGGCAGUGAAGAUCUUCUGGUGAUGAACUUCCCCAUGGUCAAACAACCAGUCCAUUUCUAUGGACCUAAGCGUACAGGGGCUCCACAGAACCUCCUAGACUGCGAAAAACAGAUCCGGGAUGUGGACGCCUUCGUCAUAGUGUCAGCCGAAUACAACAACAGUAUUCCUGCCUCUCUGAAGAAUUUCCUAGACACCUUUCCCGACGGAUCUUACGGCUUCAAACCUAGUGGUUUAGUGUGUUAUUCCAUGGGUCCCUAUGGAGGGUAUUGUUCGUCUACGUCACUAAGGACCGUCAUGGGAGUGCUGGCCUCGCCCUGUGUAUCCCGAGUACUCGCUAUCCCUUUUGUUCAGGAUGCUAUUGAUGAAGAUGGGAAGGCUAUAAAUGAAAAGUUAAACUCGGAGGUGGAUCCAAUGUUACAACAACUGGAGUGGAUGGCAAACGCCACUAAGAAUCAUAGACUGAAAGCUGGACUACCUACCUCAUCUUUCAUGUUCGGGUCUUGAUGGAGGAUGUUUUAGGGUUUUUUUUAAAUUAGGAGAAACCUGAUCUCAUAUUAUAACGAAAAAUGAUGCAUAUGAAAAUGACAUAAGUGGCAUUUAUGUAUUAUAUUUUAAGACAGCUAAAGAGGACAAUUCAAACGUAACAAAAGAAUGCGAGACGUUCUCGAAAAAAAUGAAAUGUACUGCACUUUAUAUAGUUUACCAUCCCACUCAUAUGAUUAUAAUUCGUUGUGAAAGAUACUUUUGUAGAACUUAACCGUCUGUCUUAUUUAAACUAUUGUUAUUUGAAGGAGGACACAUUGAUAAAUCACAAUUGCUCAUGAACAUACCUUGCAUGCAA